AUUCCGUACUUUACGUAAUCAUUGUUAUCAUUCUGUGUCAACUGGCAGGGACUUCAAAGUUCGUAUAAAAUACUCGGUUCGUCAUAUAUUUAUUCGGUUUUAUAUUGAAAAAUUUUAUUAGUUAGAAGAAACGUUUUGCUACGUUAACUAGGACUUUUUUUUAUUGGUUUCCAAGUAAAUCAAAAUGUUGCGUCCAAUUUUUCGUAGAGUUAUAACAGGGAAACAAGCUUUGAUCAGGAGCUAUGCAGCUGCUGCUCAAGAAGCAGUUAAGGAACCUGAGCAGGAAAAAAGUGAAAGGAAAAGCGAUAAAAAUGCCAGAGAAACAAGUUCCUUCGUGAUGAGUAUGUUCAAAGGCCAAGUAAAAACUGAACAGAUAUUUCCUUAUCCAGAUGUCCUUAGUGCAGAGGAAAAGUCUACAUUAGAAAUGAUGAUUGAUCCACCUAAGAGGUUCUUUGAAGAAAUCAAUGAUCCAGACAAGAAUGACGAAAUAGCAAAAGUGGAACCUCACUUAAUCAAACAACUUGGAGAAUUGGGAGCCUUUGGCUUGCAAGUUCCAGAAGAAUAUGGAGGACUUGGAAUGAAUAACACUCAGUAUGGAAGAAUGGUAGAACUUGUAGGAAGACAUGAUCUUGGUCUAGGAAUAACUCUGGGAGCCCAUCAAUCUAUUGGAUUCAAGGGAAUCCUUUUAUUUGGUAACAAAGAGCAAAAACAGAAAUACCUUCCUGAUUUAGCGAUAGGGAAGAAAUUAGCUGCUUAUUGUCUUACAGAACCAGGCAGUGGCUCUGAUGCUGGGUCUAUUAAAACACGUGCUGUGAAAUCAGCUGAUGGAAAAUACUACACUAUGAAUGGCAGCAAAAUAUGGAUUAGCAAUGGAGGGAUUGCCGAAAUUUUUACAGUUUUUGCAAAGGUUCCAGUUGAGACUGAAAAUGGCACAGUUGAAAAAAUGGCUGCCUUUAUUGUUGAGAAAGAAUUUGGAGGUGUAAGUAGUGGACCUCCUGAAAAGAAAAUGGGAAUUAAAGCUUCAAACACAACAGAAGUUUUCUUUGAUGAUGUUAGAAUACCUGCAGAAAAUCUUAUUGGUGAAGUAGGAGAUGGAUUUAAGAUUGCCAUGAAUAUUUUAAAUAAUGGACGAUUUGGUAUGGCUGCUUGUAUGGCUGGAACAAUGCGUGCUGCUAUUGAAAAAGCUGCAGAGCAUGCUGCUAACAGGAAUCAGUUUGGAAACAAAAUAUGUUCUUAUGGAACAAUUCAAGAGAAGCUUUUCAGAAUGUGCAUGUUACAGUAUGUGACUGAGUCAAUGGCAUACAUGGUAUCUGGAAAUAUGGAUCGAGGAUAUGUGGAUUUUCAGCUAGAAGCAGCAAUAAGCAAAGUCUAUGCAUCUGAAGCUGCAUGGUAUGUUGUAGAUGAAGCCAUUCAAGUAUUAGGUGGCAUGGGAUUCAUGAGGUCAGCUGGUCUUGAGAGGGUUUUGCGAGAUUUGAGAAUUUUCAGAAUAUUUGAAGGCACUAAUGAUAUCUUGCGUCUCUUUGUUGCUUUAACAGGACUGCAACAUGCUGGAAGCCAUCUAAAGGAAUUGCAGAGAGCUUUCAAGAAUCCCACUGCAAAUUUGGGAUUGAUUCUGGAAGAAGGUUCUAAAAGAGCCAAGCGAGUUAUUGGCCUGAGUAGCCCACCUUCCCUUUCUGAUCAUAUUCACCCCAAAUUUUCUGACUCAGGUGCACUAUUGUCUAAAUGCAUCGAGGCUUUUGGAGUUUCUGUUGAAGAACUUCUUGUUAAGCAUGGAAAGAAUAUCAUAAAUGAACAGUAUCUACUUAAUAGACUAGCCAAUGCUGCCAUUGAUAUUUAUGCCAUGACAUCAAUUUUAUCACGUGCAACUUUCUCAUUGAAUAAGAAUGUACCCUCUGCAGACUAUGAAGAAAAGAUUGUGAAUGUUUAUUGUAGCGAGGCAUAUGAACGAGUUUUCCAACAUUUGGGUGUCCUCAAAUCUGGAAACAAAUUGAAGAAUUUUGAAUUCAUGAAAGCUGUGGCUUUGGAUGUUGCAAACACUGGUGGUCCCUUACAACUGAAUCCUCUGGGGCUAUAAUAAAUAAACAGUGACAAAGUGAAAAGGCUAAUCAAAGUUUUAUAACAAGAAAAGUGUUUGAUACUUCUGC